GAAAAGUGAUAGUACUCAGUCUUCUUUACUCCGACUCUCGCAAAAGCAGUAAAAAAUCAGCAACACUACGAGAGUUCCCAGUCUGACUACAAUGGCGAGUGAAGAGAAAGCCUCAGAUUUGCCUCUGGAGUACCAGAUGGACAACAAGCAGCGAGGGCUGGCCCUCAUCUUCAACCAGGAACAUUUUGACUUGAAGUUGAAAUUGAACCAACGUCGUGGAACGGCUAAAGACAAAGCUAGCCUCACUGAAAGAUUUCAGGAGCUAGGGUUUAAAGUCAAAGCUUAUGAUGAUAUAAAAAAGAAAAAAAUGCUGUGCAUUUUAAGAAAAGCUGCUGAGGCCAACCAUACAGAUGCCGACUGCUUUGUGUGUGUUUUCAUGAGUCAUGGGGAUGAUGGUCAUGUCUUUGCCCGUGACAAUACAGUUGACAUUAAGGAAAUAACAGCACUCUUCAAAGGAAACCGAUGCAGAAGCCUUGUAGGAAAGCCCAAGAUCUUCAUCUUCCAGGCAUGCCGUGGUAAAGUUCAUGAAAAUGCAGUGACGCCCUUGGCUAGAGGGGACAGUGAGAUGUCCAGUGAGGUGGUGGAGGAAGCUGCCAUCCUAUGUACGCCCCCAGCAGGGGAAGAUUUCCUCAUGUGCUACUGUGUAUCUGAGGGAUUUGUUUCCUUUCGCAACACAAGCAAUGGCUCAUUCUACAUUCAGGACCUGUGUGAAACACUGCAAGAGCAAGCCUCAACUCUGGAGUUCACUGAGCUCCUGACCCUCGUCAACCUAAAAGUGUCCAGACGCUGUGCUGCAAAUAAUAAACAAAUGCCCUGCUUCACCUCCAUGCUCACCAAGAAACUCUACUUCAAACCCAAGAAGGAACGAAGUAUGACUUGGAGCAACAUAUAUUCAUUUUGUUUGUUACCCAAAAGGUGUCAGAAUCAAUAGACAAUCAGUGAAAUUAAGUUGACAUCUUUUUAAUGUGUUGUAUAUUUCUGCAUAUAUAUGCUUUGAUAAAUAUUCUUUUCACUCUCAAAGAGGUUUUAUGUUUGAAGUGUCACUGUUGCAGUAUAAGUUGGUUUGUGUAAGCUGGUAUUGUAUAUAAGACUUAUUAUAUAAGAAUAUUAUAUCUCUGAAAACCAAACACCAAACUAGAUGGUCAAAAGAAUGUGGACUCCUAACCAACACAUCUGUGUGAGCUUUUUGGACAUGCCAUUCCAAAUACAUGUGCAUUACUAUGAAGUUA